GAUCGCGGGAAUGAAUGGGGGGUCGGGGGCAGGAAGAAGGAAACUUUCCUACCGGACGCCGCUCCGGGUGAGGGAGAGGGGUCGUUCUCCCCCCCCCCCCCGGUCCCAGCCGGAGCACCCCCACCGGGCCCAAAUCCUGCGGCGUCACAGCCGGCCAAAGGGCGGGUCUCCCGGGCCCCUAAAUGUGCGAACAGGCGUCCAGGGUGCCACCCUCUCCCCCGUCAAGGGUUGGGCAGCUCUGGGGUCUGCCCCGUUCCUAGGAUGGGUGGUCUUGUUUGCAAAAGAGAAAGCCCAACUUGAGGGAGGGCAGGACCCCUCCCCUUACAUUGGCUUCAAAACUCCCCUGGGUCCUGCCCCCUCCCCUGUUUUCCAAAGGGUCUCAGACUCUGGAUGGGGCUCAGGCCUGAUCAGAGAAGCCUACCAUUCCCCCUGCAGUGCUUGUGGGGGUCUACCCCUGCUCCAUUGUUGCCCCCACCAAGAGAGCUCAGACCACAGCCCCACAGUUGAGCCCUGGGGCCCUGACAGAGGACAGAGUCUGGAAGUGGGAGACAGGGUUGGGGGUUUGGCUGAGACCUGUGUGGGGCUGUGGAGGGACUGGGGGUGGGGCUUAAGGUGAGGUGGUUCCAGGUGGUGGGGGUGCAGUUACAAUACCUUCAGGCUGAGUGUGGAUGUGGAUGUUGAGAGGUGCUCCCCCCAAACCCAGUGGGGUCCUUACCAAGGCCUGAGCUGGUGGCUGCCGUCCACUGAGGGGGGUCUUAGGUGGGGAGGCCAGAGCCCCUCGGGAUGGGGCUUUACUCCUGGCUCUGACAGAAGGUUACCAGUGGCACUUCCUGAACCCCUCCAGAGUCCCAGUGCUGUAAGGGCUGGUGUAAGGGCUCGGCACCCCCCACCCGCACCUCCCAUCUGCAGUCAUCCGCCAGCUUGCCAGAAUCCGCAGGCUGGCCAUUUCAGCUGGUCCAGCCUCUGGCCUCUGACUUCAUCUCUAAGACCUCAAGGGCAGGAAGAGGGUCAGGGAUGAUGCGUUAGUGGCCCCGCAUAGAGUCUUCGCUGGAUUCACCUCUCAACUGGAGCCACCUUCGGGGGUCCCUAGGGGGGGCCAGCUCCCUGAGCGAGGCCUGGGUCUCUCCCCAUUGCUCUGUUGCCCCGGUGCAGGUGACGGCCCUCUCCUGGGCUCCCACGGUGAAGCUGGUGACCUAGUGCCAAUUCUGUGUCACCAGAUUGUGCAGACAGCACUGGGGGAAAAGGUCCGCUGCCCCACAUGAGGAGCCACUCCCCUGCUUGCCUCCCCAGAAGUGACUUGGACCUUCCCCAGCAGGCGACAGGCUGGGGGAAGGGGCCUGGGUGCCCCAGGCACCUGGCUGGCUCUCCUCCACCACCACCUGGGCCCAUGAGCAUCCUGUCUGUGCACACUCGUUCCUGGGGGAAGCAGGGUCCUAGAGAGUGGAGCUCGGCCUACGACACGCGGCUGCGCCAGAAGGUGGCAGUGAAGAAGCUGUCGCGACCUUUCCAGUCUCUGAUCCACGCGCGGAGGACCUACCGCGAGCUGCGGCUGCUCAAACACCUGAAGCACGAGAACGUCAUCGGGCUGCUGGACGUGUUCACGCCGGCCACCUCCAUUGAGGACUUCAGCGAAGUGUACCUGGUGACCACCCUGAUGGGCGCCGACCUGAACAACAUCGUCAAGUGCCAGGCGCUGAGCGACGAGCACGUCCAGUUCCUGGUUUACCAGCUGCUGCGCGGGCUCAAGUACAUCCACUCCGCGGGGAUCAUCCACCGGGACCUGAAGCCCAGCAACGUGGCUGUAAACGAGGACUGUGAGCUUAGGAUCCUGGACUUUGGGCUAGCCCGCCAGGCUGAUGAGGAGAUGACCGGCUAUGUGGCCACCCGCUGGUACCGCGCGCCUGAGAUCAUGCUCAACUGGAUGCACUACAACCAGACAGUGGACAUCUGGUCUGUGGGCUGCAUCAUGGCUGAGCUGCUCCAGGGAAAGGCCCUCUUCCCAGGAAAUGACUACAUCGACCAGCUGAAGCGAAUCAUGGAGGUGGUGGGCACGCCCAGCCCUGAGGUUCUAGCAAAAAUAUCAUCGGAACACGCCCGGACAUACAUCCAGUCCCUGCCCCCCAUGCCCCAGAAGGACCUCAGGAGCAUCUUCCGUGGAGCCAACCCCCUGGCUGUGGAUCUCCUGGGAAGGAUGCUGGUGCUGGACAGUGACCAGAGGGUCAGUGCGGCCGAGGCCCUGGCCCAUGCCUACUUCAGCCAGUACCACGACCCCGACGAUGAGCCCGAGGCUGAGCCCUAUGAUGAAAGCGUUGAGGCCAAGGAGCGGACCGUGGAGGAGUGGAAGGAGCUCACCUACCAGGAGGUCCUCAGCUUCAAGCCCCCGGAGCCGCCGCAGUCACCUGGCAGCCUGGAUAUUGAGCAGUGAGGGGAAUGUGCCGGCCGGCCACUCGAACUGCAGGAUUCCCUCAGCCUGCCGGAUUCCCACGAGGAGUGCCUCCCAGCACCUCUGUGGCCAGCAGGCCCGACCCUAGCCUGGGACCCCUCGCCUGCACACCGCUCCUCGUGGGCAGUCCUCGUAUGCAUGUGAACGCACAGAAGCGUGCCUGUGUGCAAGCCACUGGGGCAGGAGUCUAGGCAGAGCGUCCUUGCUCCCCCUGCCUCCUCCCAGCAAUCUGGGUCUCCCUCAGGACCUCACCUGGAUGCCAUAAGGGGUCCCUCUGGGGAGUGUGUCUGUCUCCAGAUCUCCUGAGUCCCAGAGGACUGUCUCUGGAGGGCCCCCUGGAGACUGAAGUGGGGGUCUCAGUUGUCAGAGCUUCUCAGCCCCCAAGUACGGCGCUACUCUGGAAAAUGCGGAGCCCCGAGUCUGAAAGCUGGGCGGGGUCUUUCCUGGAGGCUGGCAGGGUAGGGACGGCCACCAGGUAUCAAAUCAGAAAGUCAUUCUGGAGCCGUGCGUUCACCUGUGCUGUGUGUGGCACGUGUGCACUAACGUGUGCUCCUGGUACCUACGUGUCAAGGCGUGUGCAGGCACGUGUGAAUCCGUGGCUGCCUGAGGGGAGGGCCAGCUUCCAUGACCAGCAAGAAGCUUGAACGGAGGUGGCCGCACUGUCACUUCCCCUUCCCUCAGUGCCCGCUGUAGGGGUGCAGGGGUGGUGGUGCUGCUGCUGAGAUCCCGUGUGUACCGUUCGAGGGGCUCAGGCGGGCGGCGGCGUCCAGUGGACAAAAGCCAGCGCUUUCUCCUUGUCUGUGGGGGCUGCUGCAGGUGCUUCUAAGGUGUGAAGAGCUGGUUGGCACAGGGGGCUCCAGCCUGGAGGGGGCGGGGGGAGGGGGCACACAGCAGUGCAGACUUGGACUCAGGCUCCGGACCUUGGCCCAGAGCUCUGCACGCUCUACCUCUGUCCACCUGGCCCUGCCACUGAGAGCCGGGGGUUCUGGUCUGUGGGUGACCCUCAUCCUCCCUUCUUCCAGGAUGGAGCUGAUCUAGUAAGCUCUGGACACGAACCUGCUCAACAUGUUGGGGGUGUGGGUCCUCCGUCGAGGGGCUUCUCUGUGGGGUGGUGGCACCCUAUGCAGGAGCUGGUGACCUCCCACCUUCCAGAGGCCUCAACGUCAAGUGCCUGCACCAGGGUUUCACAAUAAAGGGGUUCUCUCUCA